AAGAGGAUUUGUUUCUGGCAUCUUCAGUAGUUUCAAGCCCAAAAAAUUCUUCAACACCAUCUCAGAAUAAAGAAGACCCAAUUGCUGAAAUAAUUGACCUUUAUCUUGACUCAGAAGUAGAAGUUGAUAACUCUGAUGAAGUCUUUUUAGAAGAUCUAAUUGAUGAAUAUUUAGAAGCACUAAAGUUUGAAAACCCUAAACUUCAUCAUGAAGAUAAAAAUGAAGUUGAGAAAGACAAUUAUGAAUCAUUAGAACAAAAUUUGAAAAGUAUUGAAAAAUAUUCUCCUACUAGUAUACAUACUGAUGAAAAUUGUCCUCAACAUGAAAUUGAUCUUGAAAAAGAUGAAAAUUCAGUAUUGGAAUGUUGCUCAAAUUCAGCUAAAGAUAGUCAAUUAAAUGAACAAUCUGACUUAGAUAGUUAUAGAAUGGAAGCCAAAAAAGUUGUAGAAAAUAAGGAUCCUGAUAUACAAAAUUAUCAACAUUUUGCACUAGAAAACUUGAACAAAGCCUGUGAUGAUUGGAAUAAAAGAGUUAAUGAAUUCAAAAAGUUGAUUCAAGAUAACUCAAAAGCAAUAGAAGACCCACAACCAGUCAAGUCUGAAGAAUUUCUAACACCGGACAAUAAAAAACAUAGUCUUGUCUCUUGUUGCCAAAGUAAAAGUAGUUUCAAGAAAGAAAAAUUGAGUAAAGAUGAAAAACUAUUCAAAUGGUACUCAAAUUGUAGAAAAGAAAGGACAUUAUAUCAAGUCAAGCAAUUAAAAAUUGAUGAAAAUGAAGCUCUUCAACUCUUACCAAUACUUGACUUAUGCUACCAAAUAUUUGACCUGGUGGAAGAUUCCUUUUGA